CACACCCACCCACCCACAGUGUUGGUCUAUAAGCAGCCUGUAGAAACGAGUUAGAAGAGCAUCUUCUGCUAAAGCCCUAAGGGAUGAGGAAGAUAUCUGGUGAAGUUCUGUCUUCGAAGCCCGUCUCCCUCUCUCGGGCAGCGAAACUCAUCUCCCGCUUCGCCGCCGUCGACAACGGUUCUACACCCGCAAUCUUCUUGUAUUUGGAACGCACAUCCGAAGCCUUCAAUCACUUGGUCCAAUUCCAUAAGAAACCCUCCCAAAAUAGCGAUGCUGCGGACCGGGAGCGUGUCCAGAAGCUGCAAUCGGAUUGGUUGGAGAGGAAUCUGGAAGGAGGAAAGGGAAAUAGUCAGGGAGAUAAUGGGAUGAGUGUUGAUGAGACUAACCCUAGUGUCGACGAGGCACAAAAUUUGAGUAAUGGAGGGGAUGAAAGGAAGAAAAAGAAGGAAAAGAAGAGGAAGGGUGAUGGAGGGGAGGAGGUGGAGAAGAAGAAAAAGAUGAAGAAGAGUGACUUGGUUGAUUCAGAGGAGAAGAAGAAUGGUAAAAGGAGGAAAAACAAAGGUUCUGAUUCAUAGGAAUUGAUUGAUUACCGGAUGGUAGAUUCUUGAUGUUUUUAAAGUGUGUUUAGUUUAUUGUUGAGGAUCAAAAAUCUUAUAUUCAGCUUUGUAGUAAUUUGUUACCCUGUCUCUAAUUAUGUGGGCUGGAUUAUCUUUAACAUUGUCGAUUUUAAGCAUUUUUUAUAACUUCACUGUUGUAUUGCUCA